AUGAAAAGAUACGGUAAUUUGUUCGACAGCGUUUGCAGUCUCGACAACUUGAGACUGGCCGAUGACAAGGCCCGCAAGGGCAAGAAGUCGUCCUAUGGUGUGCGUCUGCACGACAAGCACCGCGAGGACGACCUGCUUCGUCUGCGCCAGGCUCUGCUUGACGGAACGUUCCGUACGUCACCGUAUAAGACCAUGACCAUUCACGAGCCAAAGGAAAGGCUCAUCUACAAACUCCCGUAUUAUCCCGACCGCAUCGUCCACCACGCCAUCGUCAACGUGGUUGAGCCGAUAUGGAAGGCCACCUUCACGGCCGACACCUACGCCUGUAUCAAAGGGCGCGGUCUGCACGCCUGCGCAUGGAGUCUCCGCCACGACUUAAGGGCCAACCCGAAGGACACCGUCUAUUGUCUCAAGACCGACAUACGAAAAUAUUAUCCGAGCAUCGACCAUGAGAUCAUGAAGCAGAUCCUCCGCCGCAAAAUCAAGGACGCGCGGCUGCUGGCGUUGCUCGACGAAAUCAUCGACAGCGAGGAUGGCUUGCCGAUAGGCAAUUAUCUCUCGCAGCAUCUCGCCAACCUAUACCUCACCGGCUUCGACCACCGCAUGAAGGAAAUCCACGGCGUCCGGCAUUACUACCGAUAUGUCGACGACAUGGUAUUUCUCGCACCGACAAAGGAGGAGCUGCGUGACAUCCUUGCGACAGUGCGCGAGGAACUCAAGCUGCUACGCCUUGAACUGAAGUACGACUGGCAGAUAUUCCCCGUUGACGACCGUGGCAUCGACUUCCUCGGCUACCGGUUUUUCCACGGAUACGCCCUUCUCCGCAAGAGCAUGAAGAAGACCAUCUUCAAGAAGCUGUCGCGCCUUCGUCACGGCCUCAUCCGUCCAGACACAUGGCGGCGUUCGUUCGCCUCGUGGCACGGAUGGCUGUUGUGGUGCGACGCCUUCCGUCUUGAAAACACAAUACUGAACAACCUAAAACUCAUAACGACAUGA